CUGUAAUUAAGACAUCUUGGAGGCGUACUUAACUCAUGACGUGUUGCUUUUCCUCUCAGUGAGAAAGUGGGUCUCUGCCCUGAAUCAGGUCCUCUGCCACCCAGAGCCACAAAGAGACAUUUGAGACACAGGCAUACACCGCACACACUGACUUAAGGUGAGCACUAAAAACUUCUUCCGCACUUCACUGUCCUCUGUUUCAAACUGCUGGGGAGUUCUGAGAGCAUCUCAACUCAGGAGCUCUGCACAAGUGAAAAAGAUUCUUCGGACUAUGAAGAUGAAGAGUCUACUUUUUCUGGUGCUGAUUUCUGUCUGCUGGGCUGAGCCUCACCCUGACAACUCAAGUUUGGAGCAUGAAAGGAUUAUUCACAUUCAAGAAAAUGGACCCCGUCUACUUGUGGUAGCAGAGCAAGCUAAAAUCUUCUCACACCGGGGUGGCAACGUCACACUGCCGUGUAAAUUUUACCAUGAACACACAUCAACAGCUGGCUCAGGAACCCACAAAAUCCGGGUAAAGUGGACCAAACUCACCUCAGAUUACCUCAAAGAAGUGGACGUCUUUGUUGCGAUGGGACACCACAGAAAGAGCUACGGAAACUACCAAGGCAGAGUGUUUCUGAGGGAAAGCAGUGAAAAUGAUGCCUCUCUUAUAAUCACAAAUUUAAUACUGGAGGAUUAUGGAAGAUAUAAGUGUGAGAUAAUUGAAGGAUUAGAGGAUGAUACAGCAGUGGUAGCUCUGAAUUUGGAAGGUGUUGUAUUCCCUUACUCUCCACGGCUGGGUCGUUACAACUUAAAUUUCCAUGAGGCUCAGCGAGCAUGUCUGGACCAAGAUUCUGUCAUUGCCUCCUUUGACCAGCUCUAUGAUGCCUGGAGGUCCGGGCUGGACUGGUGUAAUGCUGGCUGGCUCAGUGACGGCUCCGUGCAGUACCCCAUCACCAAGCCCAGGGAGCCCUGCGGAGGGAAGAACACGGUGCCUGGAGUCAGAAAUUACGGGUUCUGGGAUAAAGAUAAAAGCCAAUAUGAUGUAUUCUGUUUCACAUCAAACUUUAACGGUCGUUUUUACUACCUAAUUCACCCAACCAAGCUGACCUACGAUGAGGCGAUUCAGGCAUGUGUGAAGGAUGGAGCUCAGAUUGCUAAAGUUGGCCAGAUAUUUGCUGCCUGGAAGCUCCUGGGGUAUGACCGCUGCGAUGCUGGCUGGCUGGCUGACGGCAGUGUCCGCUACCCAAUCUCUAGGCCAAGAAAACGCUGCAGUCCUAAUGAAGCAGCAGUUCGCUUUGUAGGCUUCCCUGAUAAAAAACACAAGCUGUAUGGUGUCUACUGUUUCAGAUCAUACAACUGAAAAUACCUAGAGCACAGAAGUUUUAAAUUCAUUAAGAACAUGUGAAAGAUUUCUUUUCGAUAUGAACUCAUGCAAGUUACCAAAACUGUGAUAAACCUUUUUUACUUACUGUAAAGAGUCAUUUUCAUAAACCCAAACCAUUCAUUUGUUGGGGUAUUUUUUUGUUUUAAUAUUUUUGUAGAAGUAUCAUUCCAUAGAUAUUUUAAAUUAAUAUAAUUUAAUUGAAGCUCUAGGUGAGGAAGUUUUAGAGCCAAAUUCUUUAAGCUACAUCAUCUGAAGAAAAUACACUUUUCAUGAAUGGGGCAUGCAAUAGAGCUUGACAAUUGCUAAGGCACAGUUAUGGAAUGUAAGGCUACUCAAAGCAGAAGCUUUUAAAAGCACAAAUUUUACAUAUUUAUACCAGUUUUGAAAAACAUACAAAUUUAUUAUGUUAGGAAUUUUGAAAUAAGAUAAUCUUUUUGUUAAAGGGGAUCAGUGAAGUUUUGCAAAAAAACCUCACAACAAUUUAAGUUAGAAAAUAACUCUUUUCUCUGGCUUCACAUGGGAACAACACAGAGUUUAACAGAAGCAGUUAAACAGUCCACAAAACAGGACUACUUUUAUGAUUUAAAAUCUUGCCUUUCUGAAAAAUAAGCUCAUGGUCCCAUGCAUAAGAACAAGCACAAUUAGUUCUCUUGAACAUUUCAAUUGUGGUUUUUGUUGUGUAUAAACCAUUGACGGGGGAGUGAAUAAUUAACUAAUGAGAAAACCUUAUAUUCUUCUUGACUCAAAUUAAAGAUGCCUGAGAAGGGUUGUAUUACCUUUGAGUAGCUUUACUGAGUUAUUUUUAAACUCUUAAAGGCCAUUUGCUAAGCAGCAUAUAGCAUUUACUCAGGGCAGUUGUAUAAAUAAACUGCUGGACAGAGAAAUUGUAAACUUUAGCAGCUUGAUUUUACAUUAGCCUUUGAAAUGUUAUUGUCUUAAUGAAAGAACAUUACAAUAUUUAAUACUUCUUACCUAUUUACACAUCACAAGAAAUAAAAACUAGAAAAAAAAUCCAUUGAAGUCUUAGAGCAAGAGUAUUAAAUAAUACCUGAAACCAGCUCUUAAGGUUUAGAAGAGAAAAAAACACUUUUUUUUCUUACAUCUCAUUUGUACCAAAAAAGUAUAUCUGUUUUUUUAAUCAAUGAAAACUAGUAUCACUAGCCCUGAAUUAUUUAGUAAAUCCUCCUUAGCAUUAAUAGAAAAAAAAAAAAUUGAAAUAUUUCUUUUCACUAAAUAGGUGGAAGAUGUUUACCUAUAUCUGUCAGUGUCAGAGAUAAAUAUGCACUGUGCGUGGUGCCUAGGAUUUCAGAGCUGCUUAAAGCACUAGGUCCUCCUUAAAUACCAGUUUGAGGGAAUUUGGAUUUCUGAUGCAAACUCGUUUUGGAUGCAGCAAUUCUUGGUGCUCAUCUUUAGAUACCUUAAUGCAACCAGUUUUUCACAGAGUGGGUGCUCAAGGCUUUCUGAAAAUUUACUCCACCUAUGGUGUCUCUAGCUGGAUAUCCAAAAAACAAAGAGGCCACUGAUUAAAAAUAUCUUGGUCUUGAGUAAUCUCUUAGGCAGUUUUGACAUUCUCUAUCUAGUAUUGGUUCUAUUACUUAAAAAUGGAGAACUCUUUCUUACUCUAUGCUUGCUGAUUAUGAAGAUAUCAGAGGACCAAUAUUUGUAUGACGCAAAGUUUUAUAGCUUCCCAUUGUUUCCAUAUCUAAAUGAGAUACAGUGGUAUUUAUUCAAGUAGGACACAACUGGUAUGCUUUCAUGAACACUUUGGUGUAGUUAUUUUCCCAUGGACAUGAGUAAAUAAAUAUCUUUCCCAGAGUGGUUGUGGUCCUGUUUUAAGACUUUUUGAACAAACCAUGAACGACACAUAGUAGGACUGUAAUGGAAGAUUCCCAUAGUGUAAGAGAUACUUUAUUGAAGUCCAUUCCCUUCAAGCUCAGAGGCAAAUUUCCAUCCUUCUGAGAAUAUUUGCAUCCACUGUGGGUAUUUGCUUAUUCUGUUAAGACAAAGCAAUCUCAGCGCCAAAUCCCCCUCCCCUGCCCUGCCUCCACUCACUUUCUUUUUUUAAUCCACUAGAAAUUGGAUUUUCUUGAAACUUUACCACUUAGCUAUAAAUAGACACUUAUUACAGGUCAAGCCCCUAAACACAUGCAAUCUUUUCUGAAUAGCCAUUUUAAAAAUCAGUGUCCAUUUCACAGAUUUUCUCAGGCUAGUCAGAACAUUUUCUCAUCCUUUUGGAGAAAAAGUGGAAAUGGAUAGACAAUGGGGUGUGCAAGAUGUGUCCAUAACCAAGACAAAUACAGAUUGUUCCCCCAUCCAGCCUUUCAAAACAUGGAAAAUGGCAGGUUUUUUGAUAGUCUUUUCUGAAGCUUGGACAGGGGGCUUGUGGGGUGGAAAAAGCUGUAGGGAAUACCCCAGUUGUUUCCCAGCUAGAUCCAGAGUUGCUGUAAAGAGGGAAGCCUUUUAUGCAGCUUGCUCUAUUCUCCUCAAAUAUCUGCUAGAUCUGGAGGAGGCUGCAUGGUUUUCCUAUUGCACAGAGGUCAACAGACCCUCAUACUUUUUUUUAUUUUUUUUACCUCUCCAGGGAAACCUCUCACAAGGUUUCACCCAGAUACAUCUUUUUUGCAGGACUGGGGAUGAUAUUUUGCCUGCAUAAAAAAUGUACACAUCCAACCCACUUGUGGGGCUGGCUAAAGUGCCCUCACUGCUAGACCAAAGGCACUGCAGGAAAGGUGAAUUCAGCCUUUCAUCAACUUUGCAACGCUCUGGAGUUGGUUGGUCAGGUCCUAAAUCACAGCAAUCUCAGGCUUGUGCUAGCUUAUGCCUUCUGCACCCAUAUCUCUGGGCUGCCGCUGUGACAGCCUGGGUGCAGCAUUCCCUCAACCCACCCAUGCUUUGUGCAUCACCCAUACCCCGGGCAGGUGGCUGAGCAGGCUCUGCACCACCCAGGUGAUCCUUCAGCUCCAGGGAAAGCCCUUGAGCUCCCAGCUUGGCAGCACAAAGAGACCACAAUAAGGAAUUAGGUCUCUAAAGACACGCUGAGCUGGUAUAUGAUCACAGAUGGCCAAAUUUAUCAUUCAGUUAUGCCUGUAAGUUCGCUUUGAAGAUAUUGCUUGGUAGGAAUCACUUGUUCAUGUAAUGGAGUCACAGUAUGUGAAUUUACAUUUGUCGUGAAACUUAUGAAGAGCCCAAUAGUCCAAUUUGGGAUUGCGCUAGCUUUAGAUCUGUGUAUUGGUAUACGACAUUAUGUGUUAUUAUAACCGAUACAGUUAAUUGGAUAGUUUGAUUAAAUAUGUUUUGUAUGAAAAAAAUUAUUAGUUCUAAUGUAAGCAGGUAUAAAAAUAAUAAAAACUGUAUGAUUACCUGAGAAGUGGGCACAAAGACAAAAAGACACGAGUUAUAUUUAUUUUUACAGCUACUGACUCCAUUUCCUUUUAUAAUGUCAAAUGUCAAGAUGUUUUCUUAUUCUUGACUAAGCUAGCUAGGUGCUCAGAUAAAAACUUUAAAAAGCAGCUUAAGAACUGGAUAAAAGUCUGUGCUAUUUUCUGUUCAUGAGACAAUAUUCUACCAUUAGAAUCAAUUCAUGUUCUCUGUCACUAUCUUGUAUUUCCCAAUGUAACUGAAUUUUAAUGCCCAUGAAUUGACAACAAUUAAAUCAUGUUAUUCUUUUCAAUAUGAUGAUUUCUUCUUAUUGACUGGCCAUUCUUCUACUUCUGUCCCAGAAAACAUAGAAGGAAAAAGAAUAGAUCAAAUUGUGAAAAUCUUUACUUUGCCAUGUAAACAAAGCUAUUAUAAGAGUAAGGAGAGAGCGGGGAAGACUACUCUGUGAAUAUGAUUUACAAUAAUAAUAAAGAAAACUGUAUGCCAAAGCCU